AUGUCAACAGCACCUGUUUGCGCUAAAUGCCAGCGGGCAAUCACUGCUGAAAGUGUUCUAACAGCUCUUGACAGGAAGUGGCACCGUCUGUGCUUUGUGUGCCAGAAAUGCGACAUGCCGCUGGAGAACACGUCCUUCCACGAACGCGAUGACAAGGCCUUUUGCGCGGGCUGUUGGACUGCAACCUUUCAGCCAAAGUGUUUUGUAAGUCUGACAUUUCUCUGA